UAUAGAUUUUGUUUUCUGAAGAAUAAAUAUAUAUAUAUAUUUUUUUUUUUAAAUUUUUGUAUGAACAAAUUUGAUUGCUAAAGAGUUGUUGGAUUUUUCUUCUUUUUUUUUUUGUAGCCUGGUACAAAUGGUCAACAUGCAUUUUAUCAAUUAAUUCAUCAAGGUACAAAAUUAAUACCAUGUGAUUUUAUUGCUCCAGUUGAAACUCAUAAUCCUAUACGUGAUAAUCUUCAUCAUAAAAUUUUAUUAGCUAAUUUUCUUGCUCAAACCGAAGCAUUAAUGCGUGGUUUAACUGAAGAAGAAGUUCGACAAAGUUCAAAUACAAAUGAUGAACUUCUUAUUUAUCAUAAAACAUUUCGUGGUAAUCGACCAACAAAUUCAUUUGUUUUACCACGUUUAACACCAUUUAUAUUGGGUAUGUUAACCGCUGCAUAUGAACAUAAAAUAUUUGUUCAAGGACAAAUAUGGAAUAUUAAUUCUUAUGAUCAAUUUGGUGUUGAACUUGGUAAACAAUUAGCAAAAGUUAUUCUACCAGAAUUAGAUGCAACUCAACCUGUUACGGCUCAUGAUUCAUCAACAAAUGGUUUAAUUAAUUUUAUUAAUAAAUAUAGAAAAUGGACACCAACAACAAAAUAA